UGAGGGCUGGCGCUGAGGCCGAGCGGAAGCGGCGUUUCCCUCAGCUGUCAUGGCUCCGGCGGCUGAGGCGAGAGCAGCAGGAGCGGCGGGCGGGAAGCUGUGGCGGCGGCGCCUGCGAGACCCCCGUCAUCCCCAGAGUCUCCCGAGGGGCGGCCGUUGAAGCGCCGAAGCUGGCGAGCCGGGGCCCGGAGCUAGGAGCCCCUCCCGGGGCCGCCCCGGCGCAGCAGAAGAGGAUGAAGAAGCGCAAGGAGCUCAACGCCCUCAUCGGCCUCGGAGGCGGCAGCGGCGGCGGCAGCGGAGAGCGAGGCAGCGGCAGCGGAGGCGGAGGCGGCGGCAACGGAACGGGGCGCAAGAAGAGGCACCCGCGGAAGGGCUCCGCCUCGGGACACCGGCUCCUCCGCACAGAGUCCGCCGAGAGCAGCUCCAGCUCGGGCUCCUCUUCGGACUACGGAGGCGGCGGCGGCGGCUUCGGGCUGUCGGGCGCUCGCUCCCGCUUCGCCAAGGGUGAAUACUUGAGAUGCUGCAGACUCUGCUACCCUUUAUGUGCAUUCGUCAUUCUAGCUGCUUGUGUAGUAGCUUGUGUUGGCUUGGUAUGGAUGCAGAUUGCUCUCAAGGAAGACCUAGACGGAUUAAAAGAAAGGUUCCGAACCAUGGAGUCAAAUCAAAAAAACUCAUUCCAAGAAAUUCCCAGAUUGACUGAAGAUCUGCUUAAUAAACAAAAGGAAUUGGACAAAAUUAACAAUGGUGAUAUGGGGUUGAAUAAAAUAUGGGUAAACAUCACAGAAAUAAGCAAACAGAUAUCUUUGCUGAUGUUGGCUGUAAAUCAUCUGAAAGCAAACAUUAAAUCUGCUUCUGAUUUGAUUAAUCUUCCUGCUACAGUGGAAGAUCUUCAGAAGAGUGUUGCUACUAUAGGUAGUACUGUAACCAGUGUUCAUCAUGAUGUUGAGACUAUGCAGGCAGCAAUUGAAGCACAUAAGAAAUCUCUUCAAGCACUCCAAAAUGAAAUGAGUGAACACACAGAAGAUGUUAACAGGAAUCAACUGUCUUCAUUCUCUUCUUCUGUUCCCCAAACAAGUGAGAAGAAUUUGACGGAUACUUGUAAACAGGAUAACCAGUAUCUACAUACCUCUAUAGAGGAAGUAAACUCUACCCUAAUGUUGUACCAGAAACUGAAUGAUUUAAAACUUUUCAGUAUGGAUUCCACAAUCAGCAAUUUAAGCUGGCGAGUUACAUCAUUAGAAAGUCAUAUGAUGGUUGUGAAUAAACUAGAAAAGAAAGAAAACCUCACCCUUGGUGUGGUGGGUGACUUAACUACCUCGGCAAAUGCAGAACAUGAAGCAAGGAAUGAAACUACUACUGAAAACUUACAAAACAUGGAGAAAACAGAAAAUGGAGAGUCUCAGGUAUCCAAACUAAGAGAGAAGCUGCAACAGAUCAGUUCUUUAUCAAGGAAGCCAGAAAAUGACAGAUCUGAAGCACUGAAAAAAGUAGGAAAACUCCAGAGCACCCCAUCAAAACCUACAAAACUUCCAAGACUUUCUUCAAGGUCAGUCGUGAGCAAUUUUGAAAGAAGUAGAAAUCCAAGAAGCUUGUCUUUACCUGGAAUAUCCAACAUAGAAGAUCUUCAGGAUUUAUUCAGGACCACCAAUCAAGGUACAGAUGGCAAGCUGUCAUAUGAAGACCUGCAAGAUCUGGUUGAGGCUACAAUUCAUGAUUCACGGAGCUUUAAGGAAUUUGAUACAGAUGGGGAUGAUAAGUAUACCCUACAAGAAUUGAGGGUGGCUCUGGGUUUAUAGUAUUUCUGCUUAUAAAUACAGUAUUUGAAGGACUACCGUAGCUACAACAAAAACCCUGAUAAUUAAAAGCUACAUCUAGCACUUUUCCCAAUGAUGAUACUAAUGUUUGCAGCUUAGCCUAGUGUACUUGUUGACACCUUUUAAAUUUUGUGUUCUUUGGAAAGUAUUGAAAAGCUUUUAUAUUUUUAUGAAAAACUUAAGAGAUGUUGACUUCUGAAAGAUUUUCAACUUUAAGGCUUUAUUCCAGAGAUAAUCAUUCAUGACUUAAGUCCUUUUGACAUAAGUGGAACACAUAGUUGUUAAUAAUGUGUUGCCUUCACUUCCAUUCCAAGGACGUUAAUGCAUUUAAUUUCUCUGGCUCAAGGCCAAAGUAUGAUAUUUUGCCAUUGCAUUGAAUAACUAUGUGGGGGUAAUUAUUGCACUGAAUAACUACAUUCAUUGCAUUGAAUUAACUAUAGGGUAAUUGCACCUUAAACUAUGCUAAGAAUUUUAUCUGAAAGUUUUUAUUUCCCUUAUAAGGGAAGUUCUUGUCUUCAAAUUAGAAUAUGUGUGUAAAUAUUGACAAACUUAUUUUAUAUUUCAAAUUUGCCUUAAAUUAGCUGCACUUUAGAAGAAAAACAUAAAAGAACCUGAUUGUGUGGGAUGGGGUUUAUCUGCUUGUAAAUAUUUAAGACAGCAUAAAUUACACACACUUGGGUCGACUUUGUAUUGAGGGUAAUAAAAAUUCCAGUCUCCAUUGUAUGAAUGUUGAAGACUGGCAAGAUAUACUUUUCUACUAGGAUGUAUACUUUUUAGGAUACUUUCCCCAUAAUUGUCUGGGAAUCUAUGGAUAGUUUUCAGAAAGUCAAGAUCUGAACCCUACACUAGAUUGUAAAGAAGACCACCAUUUUUAAAACUUUGACGAAAGAGAACUUCAGAUUUAUUUAAUACUCAAAACAACAUGUUUUUGGAAUGAUUAGUUAUAUCCUUUUGCUUUUAAAUUUAAGUACAAAUUGUGUUUGAUACUAUUAACCUUGGAGUGAAGUGUAGUUACUAGAAAUACUUUAAUUUAAGUAGUCACUUCAGCCUUCCCCCUUAUUUUGGCUGACUUUUAAAAAAUUAAUUGUCUGCAUAUUAAUUUGCAUCUCAUGGGAUUAAAAGUGGUGAUGAUGGUCACCAUAAUUACUGUCAUUCAUUAGUUUGUGUGUGUGUGUGUAUGUAUGUGUGUGUGUGUGUGUGUGAGUAGAUGAGGUGACAGCUAAAUUACAUCUUACAUUAAGCGCUUCUUUGUAUUUGCAUUAUAUGAUUUGUGUGUGUGUGUGUGUGUGUGUCUGUGUGAGAGAGGGAGAGAGAGAGAGAAAUGGGUCCAAGACCCUGAACCAAAUUUAGACUGUGGCAUGGUUCUAACAAAAAUCUCCUCCUCAGUUGCUCCCAAAAUAUGUAGUUUGUUGAGGGAAUUUGCAUUGGAGCUCCAGCACAGGUGCAGAUAGCAUGUUUAAUCUCACUCCAUCUGCACUGCUGUCUCAAUCUAAUUGCAAGUCUUUUGAUUGCUGUUUUCAAAAACACAUGUAAAUUUGAAGAGGCAUUGAAUGUAAUAUGUAGUUUCAUAUCCUAUAUAGCUUACCUUUUAUCAUAAACUUUGUGUCCUUCACAUUUUUAAGCUACUGUAUUUUUUUGCUAGUGAAAAACCAAUAGAUACAGAUGAAGGAUAAGAUUUUUUGAAAGUAAAUGUCAAUGUUUCUUUUUCUCUAGAUAGAGAACAAAUCCAGCAAAUACACUGUUGUGAAUCAAAAUUUGAAGUUACUUCUUAAGCUUUCAACAAUAUUUUGCAAGGGCACACAGCCUUUUCACACUUUUAAUAGAUUAAUUUUCAGCAAAGUAACACUGUCUACAACAAAAGGCUGAUGUUUUAAUAAUUUGAAUAUGGGUGCCCUUGAUAAUUAUGGUGGUCACUGUCAGAACACUAGUGAGACAGAAGGCUUGGCAUAAAGUACACUCUGCAUUGUAGAAUGUUAUCUUGCUGAAGAAAGAGCAAAACUACGACUUAGAUAAAAAGAAGUGUUGAAAUACCAUUCCCUUCAUAGAUUGCUUUGAUGUUGUUGUUUUUCUUAACCUGGAAACAAGCUUUGCCCAUUGGUUAGGAGAGCAAGUGUUCUUUCAGACAAGCAUCAAUCACUUUCAUUUACUUUAUGUCUAAAACCAUUGACCAAAUAAAGCAAUAAAAUAUUAGUAUUUAUUUGUACCGAUGUAAUGAUUGUAUGCCAAAAAUUGGUAAAUAUUUUGGGAAGUUCACUUGUAAUCUAUUCCCACUGUUAACCCAGUAACUCAGAACAUUUUUUGUUUGCUUUGAAAUAUAUUUCAGCUGUAAUAGAAAAUCUCGUGCAAACAUUGUGAUACACAUGGCUAACUAAAUUGCUUGGUUUGUGGUAGUCUUCAAACUUCAUCACCUCAAAGAAGACUCAUGAGCUCACAUGGCACUCAUGAGCAUCUCACAUGAGCUUUUCCCAGUUCUUGGGGUGAAUCUGACACAUAGAAAAUAACCAAAUGAUUCAGAUGACUUAAAGGAGACAGAUUUGCGAAUGAUAGUGAAAUGAUGUGGGACUAAACCAUAAAAGAGAAUCCCCUGUACCAUUUUAGCAAUAUGUCUCAAGGGUGUGAUUUCUAUUAUUCUGUUUCUUUCCCUAUGGGAUGUGUCUUGCUAGGUUGUGCUACAUGGCUCCUGCCAUACCUACAUGAGAUUAUGGCAGAACUUGUAAACCUUACAAGGAAUAGCCAAGGACCUGUUUCAGCCAGCAACAUAUUAAAUUGACUUAAAUCAUGCAUUCUAGGACUACAGUUUCCAGUCAGGAUAAAAAUGUGCUAUUCAGAUUCAAAGAUAUAGCCAUGUUAGCCCUGAAAAUCAGUAUGUAAAGAAAUCUUGUAGCACCUUUUGGACUUUGUUUGUCUCCAAGGUGCUACAAGAUAUGUUUGCAUACUGAUCCCAAGCCUGUACAUUGCAGGACUGAGAAGGGGUAUCAUAUCUUCCCUUGGUUUAAUGGGAGAAUAAGAAGGAAUUUGUCUUAAAUCAAGGGUUUGAAACAAAGUGUUCAGUGUUAGUGCCACCAUUAUGAUGUGGUAAUCUAUGAUUGGAAAAGAUGUAUUAGACCAGCCUUUCCCAACUUAGUGCCUUGCUGAUGUUUUGAUCAACAAGUCCUAUCAAUCCACAGUUGCCUCCCUGAAGUUGCAUUGUGAAACAUAUGGAAGGUACCAAGUUGUGUGAGGCUAACAUAGAUUGUACAGCAAGUUAUUUUUAACUGUUUUCUGUACAAAUAUCAGUAAAGUAAACCCUUCACCAUUGCAGUACUAGAAGGAUUUGUGUGGAUUUUGAGUUUUCCAUUUAAUACUAUUAGAAUGCUUCCAAUUAAAAUGAUAGUCUCUGAAAGUUGGAGUUCUUCCUGUCUUUCACAAAUGAAGAAUUUCUCGGCAAGGUUGAGAGUGUAUUUGCUGAGAAUUGGUAAGGAGACAAUAGCAUGACAAUAGAAUUUACUUGUUACCUCUGGUGGUAGCACAAAUAAAAAUGUAUGUUUACAAAACAAGAGAGUGGCUUGAGUGCAGGUUUGUACAGGGUGAUCAUAUCAAAAGGUCUAAUAAUUAGAGAACUGAGGUAGAAGAAGUUUAUUUUUCCCUAUGGUGAACCACAACACUGCUAGAAAGAGCAAAAUCUUAAUACUGUAUGGUCUUUAAGAUCUUGCUUGCAGGUGUUAGCUAUACUUUGUUGUUGUGUGCCUUCAAGUUGUUUCUGACUUAUGGUGACCUUAAGGUGAAUCUAUCACAAGGUUUUCUUGGCAAGGUUUAUUCAGAAAUAUCCCAUUGUCUUCCUUGGAGGCUGAAUGUAUGUGACUUGCCCAAGGUCAUGCAGUUAGUUGCCAUGCUCAAGCAGGAAGGUCAACUCUGUAUUCCAAUGCACAGACCACUACACCAUGCUGUCUCUCAUAGCUGUACUUUGGGGGCUAGUAUUUUUAUACUGAAGCAUAUGUAAAAGGACCUUGCUCUGUAAGAAGAUGUCUACCAAAAGUUCAGCUACUCUGCAUAUAUACUGUAUUUCCAGAGCAAGAGCUGCACAAUCUUUGGUUGUCUAAACUAGAGAGCUGUUCUACAAGUGUACCAAAAUCUAGGUCAUUGGCACAGGAAAACACAGUAAGGAUUUAAGAACUUAACACACACACCCCACCCCAGUAUUCUCUGCUAUGAAUCUUAGUUUUGGUCUGUGACAAUUUGUCGUAAAAUAUCUUGUACAAAAAGUUCUUUAGAUGUACAUUGUAUAAAUACAUUGUAUAAGUAAAUUCAUCUGAGUUUCCAUACAUAAUAACUGAAAUAUUAACAUUUAAAUGGGCUGAGUCUCCUUUAGAUGUGUGUACAAGCUUGUAUGGGGUGAAUUAAAGCUGGUUUUAGUUA